UGCACAAAUGCACUCUAAUUGCAGACAAAAAUUGCAAAUUUCACUCGAACAAUGGGAAAAUUAAUAUAGAAACCAUCCAAACAUGAUUAAUUUCAUAAAAUUUGAAAAAAAUAACAUAACCUUAAAAAAAGAUUUAUAUGGAUUCUUGCUUAAAAAUGCCGACUUCAAUGCUAUUUGCAAUUAACAAUGAGGGACGAGUCUUUGGCCUAGCAACCAACAGUAGCAAGUGGCGUGAAUUUCCCUACCUUGGUCUAGACUUCAAGCAUUUGUCAGCAGUUCCGCAUUUUUUAUGGGCAGUAGGAGGUGAUCGCCAGAUCUAUGUACACGUUCAUGGCCUUGACAUUCCAAUCCGUAUUAAAGAGGAGUCAUACGAAAAUCAGCGCUGGCUGCCUCUGGACGGUUUCAGUAAGCGUCUGCUUCCAACAGAUCGGUUCAACUUCUCGAGCGAAGAUGGUUUGACUGAGCGAUGCAUGGAACGCAUCAGACUGCCGUCCAUGGCCUGGCAGUGGGAGGGCAACUGGCACAUUGAGACGUCGCUCGAAGGCCAACAGCUCGAUGAUGACGGAUGGACAUACGCAGUUGAUUUUCCAGCCACCUACCAUCCGCAGAAGCAAUGGAGCUCCUGUGUGCGCAGACGCAAAUGGGUGCGCUACCGACGCUAUUCGGCCAUGAACUCAUGGUGCGCCAUUGCGCCUCUCCACAAGGAUCCCACCAAGGAACCAUUCAUUGAUGUUUGCGUUGGAGGUCAGUCUGUGCCCGGCAGUGUGGCGGGAAGCAUGCAAGUCUGGGCGGUCACUGCACAUGGUCGAGUGAUGUGGCGUGCGGGCGUAUCAGUGACGUCACCCGAAGGCAUCCGUUGGAGUUCGGUGCCGGUGCCUCAGGGCAGUGAGGUGAAGAGUAUCAGCUGUGGUCCCACAGGCAUUGUGUGGGCUCUGCUCUGGAGUGGCCGGGUUUUGGUCAGGACGGGAAUCACCGGCGGAAGGCCUACAGGUGAGAGCUGGACAGAUGUUGCCCCGCCGGAGGACAAACUGAAACUGGCAUGGGUGUCGGUAGGCAGUAGCGCGGUGUGGGCGGUGACCAAUGACAGGCGAGUCUGGUUCAGACGCGGAGUGCGCAGUCUAGCGGCCGGAGGACAAACCAGCAACAGUCAAGAUGGCGUCGAUGAGUCGCCCUGUGGCUCCGGCUGGGUGGAGAUGGUCGGCGAGAUGUCCAUGGUGUCUGUCGCUCCCAAUAAUCAGGUGUGGGGUGUGCACAGUGAGGACAGGUUGAUCCACUUUCGCACAGGAGUGAGUGCGGCCGAACUGACGGGCAAGCGAUGGCGAGUGAUGCAGGCGUUGACUUGCUCGAGCCGGGCCAGCAGCACGGCGAGUGUGUGGUCCACUGCCAGCAGCCAACACAAGCAGCGGCCCAAGCACAGGAGCACCAACUCACUGGAGCACAAGCCGAGGCUGAACGACGGUGAUUGGUCGGCGGAUGAGACGUCGCGGUCUGCGCCCACCUCACUCAACAUCAAGCCGAUAUGGGCGGGUCCCGGCAGACACCACAAGGACGCCGACAGCGAGAGAGGCAGUGUCGAGGGGCCCGCUCUCAUCACCAGCCAAGACAGGAUGGCCGACUUGGACGAGGAGGGUGAAGACAACCAGGAACCGCAACCGCAGCAACGCACCAGCCGCAGCCUGACAGCGUGGAGCCCGGUGCGAAGCGUGGGCUCGCUGGUGGGCAUGGAGGCCGACCCCAACACAGACCCCGGAUCGGCGCUGGACCUGGACGCCGAGCGCGCCGUGUUCCGGGAGAGGGACGACCCCGCCGACGGAGAGUGCUACAACGCGCAGCCGCUGCUCUGGUCGUGUGUCGAGGCGGGUGCCGUCACUAUCGAUCCUAGCUUCCCGCCCAACUGGUUUUUAGAUGGAUCAUCGUCCAGUUUGGCUGAAAGUAACUCGAAGUCAAUGUGGCGCAACAAAAUACUUGAGGAACUCAAAGAUCGGCGAAUCAUAGAAACGAGGGGAUAUGAGAGCUACGAAGUUGUUUCUAAAGUCUCUUCAUGUGUAAAGAGCAUCGAAUGCAAAGUGUCACUUCCCGGCAGCUCCACCAUAGAAGAGUGUGUUCUGGAACUGGAGUGGACCAGCAAUGAGGCUGACGAAAUCGAGUCGGGGACGCUCAGUGUUAUUUCAAUCGACUUGAAGCAUACAAAGAGCCAAUUGUCGAUCAGAGAGAUAACAGCAAUAAUGAACGCCAGUGAGCCAGGGUCCCCCCGCCUGGCCAUUCAUACAAUCAGGUCCACCACUAGAAAAGUAUCUCCACUGAAACUUCAUUUUUCUGGCGAUGUUGAAUUAGACGAUUGGACCGCUAAUUUGACUUCAGUAUGUUGUCAGCACAACAAACUGAUUGGAGCUCCGGCUCAAGGCUCCUUAUGGGCCACUUCCAAGUUGGGCGAGGUCUUCAAUUUUGACUCUUCAACAUAUCAGGAAAGCCAACGGAGCGGCGAAGAAGAGGAUUUCUGUGAAGAGCAUUCAGUGAGGAGUUUGCCAACGAGUGCUGAGGCUCUCAUCAGCUGGCAGCUAGUCAAUGGCUUCACCCCCGGGUCGAGGCUGUGUCUCACUGGAAUCGUCGACGAAAAGGCUGAUAGGUUUCAGGUGGAUUUUAGAUGCGAACAGGUUGGCAAAGAGGAUGAGAUAGCAUUGCACUUCAAUCCGCGACUAGGUGACGAGGUGAUUGUGCGCAACACAAAGACUGACGGCGCAUGGGGCCACGAGGAGCGGGAAGGGGGCUGCCCCCUCUCCCGGGGAGGAACCUAUGUGCUAGACAUCUACUGCUGGGAGGAAGCUUUCAAGGUUAUGAUAAACGGCACAGUGUUCACUCACUAUGAACACAGACUGAAACCCCACCUUAUAACACAUCUCACUGUUAAUGGCUCUACGGAGAUUGACACCGCCAUGUACUACUCGAAAAGGGUUAUAUUGCCUCUGAAGGAGAUGUUCUGGAGGCAAAUGGGCGGUCAUCUGCAAAUAGUUGAAACUUGCAACAAGGGUGUGACUUGGGGCAUUUCAUUCGAUAAUACGCCUUGGGUCUACACCAGCGGGUGGGGUGGAACAUUCUUAUCUGGCCAUGAACAGAGCGUGGACAACAUACACGCGAUGACCGAUUCGCGAUAUUUCUACGUGUACGAAAACCAGCGCUGGAACCCACUGAGCGGCUUCACAACACACGGCCUGCCCACUGAUAGGCCCAUGUGGAGCGACUCCACCGGACGCAAAAAGCGCUCAAAGGACACCGCCAAACUCCUCUCAAAACACUGGACAUGGUUGACAGACUGGGCAGUGGACUAUCACAUCAGUGGCGGUGUGGACAAGGAGGGCUGGCAGUACGCGGUGGACUUUCCGGCCAGCUAUCACGGCAAGAAGCAGUUCACGGACUAUGUUCGGAGACGACGCUGGCUGAGGGUGGCAAGGCUCAACGUCAGUGGGCCCUGGCAGGAGAUCGGAAACACGAAACUGGUGGAUGUGUCGCUACAGUCUACCAACAGUUUGGAAACAAUCUGUGUUUGGGCAGUCGGCCUUAACGGAGAUGCCUUGUUCAGAAAAGGAGUCACCAAAUCAUGUCCCGCUGGUGUUACGUGGGAACAUGUUCCGUGUAACCAGACUCUGUGUAGCAUCAGCUGUGGUCACGGCAGCCAAGUGUGGGCUGUAGCCAAGGACGGGUCAAUCUACUGGCGCUUCGGAAUCACCACAUCUAAUCCUAUCGGCGAAGUGUGGGAAACGGUGGAGCCGCCCAGCGGGUCGACAAUCAGCCGCGUUUCGGUCGGCAAGCAUGCCGUGUGGGCCCUCGACACUGACAGUCGACUCUACAUCAGGACUGACGUCACACCUGUCUUCCCCGAGGGCACGCGCUGGGAGGUCAUCAGCGACAAAUCCACUGAUUGUGGCUUCAAACACGUGUCAGCAUCGGGCGGAGAGGUGUGGGCCAUUGACUGUACGGGAACUGUCUGCAGACGGUCUGCGGUCACAGAUGAAAAUCCGGCCGGUACUUGUUGGCUCUCUGGUCUACCGGGUAAUUGGCUGCAUAUUAGUGCAAGGGGGUGCCUGGAUAGCAGUUCUAAGCAGAGGAUGGACCAUUUGUGAGCUAUUAGAUAUUUGCUUCUGGCGAUUUGCAUGAUUCCAAGGAUCAGCAACUUAUCAUUCCAAAUAUUCGUGUUCCUCACAUCAAAGACCAUAAAAUCACGAAGUUUGAGCGAUUUUUAUUUUUCACAAAUCAAUGACAAAAUCCAUGGACAAACAACCAUCGUGCAAACAGUGAGAGAAAGAAGUAUCUCGGAUUUGGCUGAAAUUUGCACCAUAGAUGAAGCUUUAACUGAGAAAUGUCGGAGCCAAAUUUGGCAUUCCCAGCUAUACAGGAUGAGUUAUGCGGCUUCAAACAUGAAAUUUGCAAAUUUUCAAACGGCCAUAUCUAAUGAACGGUAAGGAAUUUCGCCAAUGUGAUGACAUUAUAUUGUUUCUCUCGUCAAAUAUUAUAUAUCAUUGCUGAGAGUUUUAGCGAUUUAAAAUUAAUUUUUGGAAUUAUGAAAAAUUAAUCC